UAACGAGUGAGGGACUGAAGCAAGAGGCAGGGUGACGGACAGAGACAGUGAGACACGAUGUGAGAGAGAAGUAUACCAGACAGAGACAGUGAGACACGAUAUGAGAGAGAAGUAUACCAGAGACAUAACUGAUAAAAGUGUAGUGCGUGCUUAAACUAGAGUGAAUUACACUCCUUGAAUGAAAUUUACAGCUGGAGGGGGAGAUAUAAUCUCCACACUCAGGGACUGGAGCAAAGAAACAGUUUGGUCAGGGAAUCAAAGUGACUGGGACGGAUGUGGAGUGAAAAGCCGAGACACCACUAUGUUGUACAGUCGAGGUGUCCCCCCCUCAGAAAGUGAUGACAGCUCAGACCUGGAGCCGGACCUGCUGAACUUUAAGAAGGGAUGGAUGUCCCUAGAGGAUGAAAAAGGAGUGUGGAAGAAGCACUGGUUUGUUCUGACAGAUUCCAGUCUGCGGUAUUAUAGAGACUCCAAUGCAGAGGAGGCAGAUGAGUUGGAUGGUGAGAUAGAUCUUCGAACUUGCACCGAUGUGCCAGAGUUUCCUGUACCAAGGAAUUAUGGUUUUCAGAUUCAUACACAUGAGGGUGUGUACACACUCUCAGCAAUGACUUCUGGGAUACGGCGAAACUGGAUUGAGGCGCUGAGGAAAAACGUUCACCCUGUCUGCAUUCCUGAUGUGACUAAGCUUUCUGAGAGUAACAAGGAGAACUCUUUUGCCCCACCACGUCCCACUGCGAGACCCGAUGAGCUGCGCCUGGGAUCAGAGACUAGACAGAGGAGGCUGGAGAGUGUUGGUGUCCGACAUGGCUCAUUUGAUUAUGUAGAGCUUUCUCCGCUCUCGCCAUCCGAGGAGCGAGACCACAGGACGGAGGAGCGCAGGCGCUGGUUUGAAGGAGUAGAUGCAUCUUCUACCCGUCGUGCCCCCUCCACACCACUUACAGAGGAGCAGAAGCAUCGUCUUAAUGAAGAUAUUGAAACCAAGUGGAGGGAAUUAGAGCGUCUGCCCCUGAGAGAGACCAAACAGAGUCCCCUUACGUGCCUGCUAGGGGGAAGCCUGGGCAGAGCAGGGACAGACAAUACAGCUGUACUGGAGAAACAGAUUCAGAGCCUAAAGAUGCAGCUGGAGAAAGCAAAGAAAGAGCUUGAGACCCAAAGGGGAAGCACUGAGGGGGCCAAACCACCUGGCUUCAUUUCCAAGGAGGCCUGUGAGCGCAGUCUCUCUCAGAUGGAGUCCUCGCACCAGCAAUUACUAUCCGAGCUGCAGAAACACCAUGAACGGGAGAUUCAGAGGCUGAGACAGGAGAAAGAGCAACUGCUGUCAGAAGAGGCUGCAGCCACUGCCUCAGUAAUUGAAGCCAUUCGUUCUGCACAUAAAGAAGAGCUGAGGCGAGAAGUUGAAAAGGCGCGAACGUACCAGCAUGGAGGCUCCACGUCACAAGAGAUGCUCCGCCGGCAGCAUCAGUCUGAUGUUGAGGCUUUGCGACGAGAACUACAGGCUCUGUCAGAGCGAUACUCCCAGAAGUGCCUUGAACUUGAAGCCAUGAACAUGACUGGGGACGAGCGGGAGAAGGAACUGCAGAGGUGUCAAAUGGAGGGGCAGGAACUGCUCAGGCAGAACCAGGAACUGAACAAACGGCUUUCUGAAGAGAUAGAAAAGCUGCGCACAUUCAUGGCGGGUAACGGCCCCAAAGAAGUGACUCUGCGUGCAGGAGAGCGAAACAAUACUGAGCUGGAGGUAUUGCUGCGAGUGAAAGAGAAUGAGCUGGAUUAUUUACGAAAGGAAAUCUCAUGUCUACGUGAGGAUCUACAGAACGUGCAAAAGGAUAAACUUUAUGCCUCGGAGAAAUACAAAGACAUCUAUAAAGAGCUCAGCAACAUAAAGACUCGUUCUGAGCGAGAGAUAGACCAGCUGAAGGAGCAUCUGCGACUUGCCAUGGCGGCUCUGCGGGAGAAGGCUGCGCUGCGGAAUAGUGUUGGGGAGUAAAGGGCCCAUCUCACACGUUAACAUGGAGAUUGAUCUGGACACUGUGACGUCAUAAGGGCUCAGCCUUCUGCAACAUAAACCCGCAUCCUUCACAUGUGAAAAACAUUAUUUUUAUACAGCUUGUGAUUAUUACUGUUACUAUUUUAUAUAGGGAUCACUGCACUGUAAAGGCAGAUGACAUGACUCAAGGUUACACAUCCCAGAAUCCUUACUUGUUGCCCAGUGCAUCAUGGGAUGUCAUUGGUUUGUCUGUUACGGAUUGGCAACCACAUUUUAUUUCAUUUUUAUUAAUUGGUUGAGCGGAACAGUGUAAAGGUGCAGAUCAUUUAAUGAACCAUAUAAUCAUAUGGGGAAAAGGGAGCAGUACAGUGAGUCUGUGUGGGGCGUUUUUAUAUUUCCUAUUGUUAGUGAGGCUCAUUGUAUGAGUGCUGUGGGUGUGUAGUAGUGUAUGAGUGCUGUGUGUGUAGCAGUGUAUGAGUGCUGUGUGUUUGUAUGUAGUAGUGUAUGAGUGCUGUGGGUGUGUGUAGCAGUGUGUGAGUGCUGUGGGUGUGUAGCAGUGUAUGAGUGCUGUGGGUGUGUGUAGGAGUGUAUGAGUGCUGUGGGUGUGUGUAGGAAUGUAUGAGUGCUGUGGGUGUGUGUAGGAGUGUAUGAGUGCUGUGGGUGUGUGUAGCAGUGUAUGAGUGCUGUGGGUGUGUGUAGCAGUGUAUGAGUGCUGUGGGUGUGUGUGUGUGUGUAGCAGUGUAUGAGUGCUGUGGGUGUGUGUAGCAGUGUAUGAGUGCUGUGUGUGUAGCAGUGUAUGAGUGCUGUGUGUGUGUGUAGAAGUGUAUGAGUGCUGUGGGUGUGUGUUGCAGUGUAUGAUUGCUGUGGGUGUGUGUAGCAGUGUAUGAUUGCUGUGGGUGUGUGUAGUAGUGUAUGAGUGCUGUGGGUGUGUAGCAGUGUAUGAGUGCUGUGGGAGUGUAGCAGUGUAUGAGUGCUGUGUGUAGGGGGCAGUGUAUGAGUGCUGUGCGUAGUGGGCAGUGUAUGAGUGCUGUGCGUAGUGGGCAGUGUAUGAGUGCUGUGUAUAGGGGCAGUGUAUGAGUGCUGUGUGUAGGGGGCAGUGUAUGAGUGCUGUGGGUGUGCGUAGUAGUGUAUGAGUGCUGUGUGUAGGGGGCAGUGUGUGAGUGCUGUGUGUAGGGGGCAGUGUGUGAGUGCUGUGUGUAGGGGGCAGUGUGUGAGUGCUGUGUGUAGGGGGCAGUGUGUGAGUGCUGUGUGUAGGGGGCAGUGUAUGAGUGCUGUGUGUAGGGGGCAGUGUAUGAGUGCUGUGUGUAGGGGGCAGUGUAUGAGUGCUGUGUGUAGGGGGCAGUGUAUGAAUGUUGUGUGUAGGAGGCAGUGUAUGAGUGUUGUGUGUAGGAGGCAGUGUAUGACUGUUGUGUGUAGGGGGCAGUGUAUGAGUGCUGUGUGUAGGGGGCAGUGUAUGAGUGCUGUGUGUACUAGUGUAAGAAUGUGACAAGUGCUGGGUGAGCUGUGUAAGAGUGCUGGGGGGCAGUGUAAUAGUGAGGGAUUAUUGGGGUGCUGCUGGACACUAUAACAGAGUGAGAGUGCUGGGAAUGUACAAGUGCCAAGUGUUGCAUAACUGGUGUAAAAGCACAGUGUUUAAGAGAACCAGGGAGGUGAAUAACAGCACUGAAUGAAAUGACUCUGUGCAGGUUUUUUGUUUUUUUUUACUAAUGUCACCAAUGUGCCUUAGUUUUGUGGAAGGGAAUGUGGUUCUUUUGAAUUCACUUACACACACACAAACAUUUAUAUAUAUAUAUAUAUAUAUAUAUAUAUAUAUAUAUAUAUAUAUAUAUAUAUAUAUAUAUAUAUAUAUAUAUACAUACAUAUACACACACAAACAUGUUUAUUUGUGUGUGUAUAUAAAUAAAUAUAUAUAUAUACACACACAAAUAUAUAUAUAUAUAUAUAUAUAUACGCGCGCACGCACACACACGCAAACAUUUACACAUAUAUAUAUAUAUACACACACACACACAAAAAUAUAUACAUAUAUAUAUAUAUAUACAUACAUACAUACACACACACACAGUCUUAUAGACACCCACACAUAUCUACACACACACCCACACUUAUACAUAUACACACACACAUAUAUAUAUAUAUAUAUAUAUAUAUAUAUAUAUAUACAUACAUCUAUACACACAUUUAUACACACACACACACACACACACACACACACACACACACACACACAUAUAUAUAUAUAUAUAUAUAUAUAUAUAUAUAUUUAUAUAUAUAUAUAUAUAUACAUAUACACCCGCACACACACACACACGUCUAUACCCUGACAUUCCCAAUUAUUUAACACAUUUGGCCACUUUGGAAAGUAGUUCAGGAAACAUAGGAUGGCAGCACCUAGUCUUGGGGUGAUCAGUCUGAUAAAAUGUAUGGUAUGGGGAGUGACUUUGUGUCACAUGCUUACUAGGGGAGUGAGAGUCUGAAGCAGCCCAAUAGAGAGUUUGGUCUAGCUGUAAGCACACCAGACUGUUAGCACAGAGUAGUUAUGGCACUAACCGUGGGGUAGUGAUUAGUGUAUGAGUGCUGAAUGUUUCUGGGAUAUAUGUAUCAAGAAGCUUAAGGGAGCGGAUGAAGAGAACAGAUUACUUGAGUGAGUGUCAUAGGGGAGAUGACAAAAGCACACCAGGUGUCGGAGGUAGCAACCCAAGAGUGCUUAAUAUGUUGGGGAGAAAUGAAACAGCACUUACAAAUUAGAAGGAGCAUAAGACAGUUGCAUUAUUUGAGAAGUAUAGAAAUUAGAAGGAGCUUAAGAGAGUUGCAUUAUUGGAUAAGUAGUAUAAGGAAAUACUAACUGCUUAGAAAUUGGUGGAACAGUGUAGGAGAUAUAUAUUUAGGGGGGUUUGUUUGGGCGAGAGGUAUAAAGGAACUGAGUGUUUGGGGAAAUCGUGUUAGGAGUGUUUAGUGUUUUAAACAGCUGCAUAAGAGCCCUUGGUAUUUGGGACAACUGCAAGAGACAACUAAGUGUUGCAGACAGCUGUAUAAUAGCCCUUUGUAUUUGGGAUAGCUGCUACCAUGUUUUCCUUGGCACUUAUGAGUUACACCUGCUGCAGGGUAAGCAGUAAGAACAUGUAUUAAGCCUCCGUGCACACCCUGCAGCAUGUGUAACUCAUAAGUGUACAGGAAACCGUGGCAGCCCUAUGCAGGAGACAGCUAAGUGUUGUAGACAGCUGCUUUAAAAAGAGCUGAGUGUCGUGUCUGUGACAGCUGCGAUAGAGAUCAUCGCGUUUGGGGAUGCAGCUGUUUGCAGUUGAUCUGCAGAGCAGUAAAAUACCCAAAGGACAAACAAGGAUGCUAUUAAAAAAAAAAAAAAGAGCUCUUCCUUGACGUGCAACACAUCUACCACUUUAUAUCCACCUCAUUUGGCACUGAAAUGGUUAACGGUCUUGGUGAUUCUAUGGGUGCUGGUGCUAUUUUACUCUGUACCCCGGUUGGAGCUGGUUGUCUGUCUCUGCCCUCCACAUACUAAAGUAUAUAAUACCGCAGCUCUCACACCUUCUCACCCACCUGUUUUUUACUCCUCUUGAAUAAUUCAGUGGAAUUUAUAGAUGUAAAAGUAUUGUAUACCAGGGAUUGUUAUAAAUGGCCACUUGUGAACUAGCCAAGUAUUCAAUGUUACUGUCACAAUUACUGUCACAUUCUGCAACCUCAAAGAAAGCACUGGAUAGUUUUAUAGUCUUAAUUGCUUUAUUACCCUGCGUAGGGUUAAUGACCAGCAACACCGUUGUGCCUUAAUUUUGGGGGAAGGGAACAUGCUACUUUCAGCUUGUGAUGUCUUAGAAAGAUUGAUUGGCAAAAGGGGCACCCCCACAGCAAUACGCUGACACCCCCAAAUGUUUAACUCCUUUUGACAACUUUGUAUUAAAGUUCUUACAUAUUUGAACAA